AUGAAACAGACUUCUUCUACUAUUGAUAUUUCUGAACAACUCAAUGAUGAAGAACAAUAAUACUAAUCCUAUAUUAGACAAGAAAGCACUAUGGAAAAGAAACAUUGGUACUCAAUUUCAGCUAAUAAUCAAAUAAAGGGAUUUAGUUUAUAGGAUAUAUAUAAUAAAGAAGGAUGGCUAAUGAAAAAGAGUCCUAAAUUACUUGUAGGAUGGCAAGUAAGAUUAAAUUUUAUUAAUAAUUCUUUAGAAACGAUACAUUAAGAUUCACGAUGGAAAAUUGUCAUAUUUUAAAGAGUUAGAUAAAUUUAAAGGGUGUAUUGAUUUUCACUUGAUAUCAGUUUCAAUAACUCCAAUAAUGAAGAAUCAAGAAAUCUGUGAAAUUAGGUAAUUUAUAUAUUCUAUAAAAAAGACUGGAAUUAAAAGGAAUUAAAAAGAUAUUUUAAUUUAAGAGUGUAGAACGUAAAGAACUAGAUGAUUGGUAUCAUUGUAUUUAAUAAUAAAUCUAAAUUACAUAAUUCUAUCCUAAAAUUACACCUUAAAAUAAUGAAUCUAUGUGGAGAUUUGAGAGAAUAUCUGAAACUUAUUUUAGAAAGAAAGCUGAUACUGGUGAUAUUCUAUUAUUUAGGUGAUUAUCCAAAUUAAGAUUCUUAGGGGCCAUUCCUCAUUAUGUAAACUCCAAAGAGUAUUCACUGGAGACAAUUUUGAUCAUGUAGCUUUAUUGCUUCGAUACAAUAAUGGAGAGUUAUUUAUAUUUGAAUCUGUGGGAUAAACAGUAACAAUUAAUUUUGAAAAUAUAGGGUGUUUGUCUGACAAGUUGGGACACUUUUAUGAUAAACAAUUGGCACACAUAAUAUUCACAAGUAGUAUAUAGAUAAUUAGAAGUAAAUAGAUCAAAUGAAUUUCUUGAAAAACUAGAAUAAUUUGUUAAGGUUACCAAAAAUUAAAUAAUAAUAUAGGGAUCAAUUGGCAAAAGAUAUUAAAUGUCUCCUAGUAAAUUAAUUAAAAGAUUUACAAAAUCAAAUGAAUCUAUUGAUGAUCUAGAAAAAGAUGAUAAGACUUUUUUUUGUUCUGAACUAAUUGCAGCAGCGUAAUUUACUCUAUAAAAUUAGUUAUAAAAAGACUGGAAUAAUAGAUGCAAAUAGAUGUGCUGCAUCUUAUUGGCCAGGUAUUUUUGCCUAAAAUUCUAAGCUUUAAUUAACAAAAGGAAACUUAAAACAAUAAUAUCUCAUAGAUUUUUCUAUAUUAUGA